GAAACUGUUUGAACUAACGUGGAACGCAUGCGUAGUAGGGUCUCUUAUUAUUUCACCGGAACACAGGCAACACCUUCACAAUGGCAGAUGCAGAUGAUGAUUUUACUACAGGUGAUGCUGGGUCUUCUGAAACCUACCCACAACAGUGUUCUGCUCUAAGGAAAAAUGGACAUGUUUGUAUUAAAAACCGUCCAUGCAAAAUUGUGGAAAUGUCAACUUCCAAGACAGGAAAACACGGUCACGCUAAGGUUCAUAUGGUUGGAAUAGAUAUUUUCACUGGUAAAAAAUAUGAAGAUAUAUGUCCAUCAACACACAACAUGAAUGUUCCUAAUGUUAUCAGAAAAGAUUUUACGCUACUUGACAUUAAUGAUGGUUUUCUAUCUCUUAUGGAUGACAAUGGUGAAACCCGUGAGGAUAUAAAAGUACCAGACACUGAUUUAGGAAAAGAAAUUAAAGACAGAUUUGAAAAGGAUGAGCAACUUCUAAUAACAGUUAUUAAAGCUAUGGGGGAAGAACUAGCUAUUGCUAUUAAAGCUCAGACAAAGUAGUGCACAGAUAACCUAAAGACAUAUAAAGGCUUGAUAUUUUGAUGUGACAACAAAAACUAUUUAAACCUUAUGACAUAUGUCCUGUUUUGUUACCCAGACUCCUGAAAUAUCAAGCCUUUAAAACAAUUAUAGUGCUAUUAAAAAUGCAAAAAAGAACUUUCACUUGAAUUCUACUGCUUUGCUCUAAAACAAUGAACUUCUAUUUCACAUAAUUUGCUGAAGAGCAUUUUCCUUCACUUUUUUGUACAAACACAAAUUGGUAAAAUUUCAAGGGGGAAAUGCACUUGUGACCUUUUGACUUAUAUUUUAUGAAUAUUAUUUAUCCAUAUAGAUAACUGUCAGAACAAAUUGUGUGAAGUACUUGAAGAACUUGUUUUAUAUUGACAGUAAGGAAAAAUUUGGUGCAGGGAUUGGAUGGGUGGGUGCUGCUAUAAAAAAGAAAAGGAAGAAAAACUGCAUUUAAAGAUUUUGUUAAAAAAUAUUUAGAUUGUUUUGUAGACUUAAAUUUCUGUUUUUAUUAUUGAUAUAGCUGGUGUGUAUUAAUACUGGCAAUAUAAUCUUAAAUUUUCCUGAAAUUAUGUGAGCAAGAAAUCUGUAAUUUCAUUCAUUUGAUUUAAAUAAUAGACCUGCUAGAUCAUGUAUCAGACAUUGUGGUCAAUGACAUUAUAAUCAUUAAAGCAAAGGUUGAAAACUAGUGAUGUAUAUUUGCAAUGUUUUAAAUGAAAAAACAGUUGUGAAAAUGAACAAUAAUCUUCAUAAAACAACUAUUACAAGAAAUUAAAGAUAAAUAGAGAGAAGCAUCUGACAAUAUGCCUGUGUCAGCACUCUGGCCCAUUCGGAAUGUGAACAGGUAUUUUAACAAGUGUGUUAACAGAUCUUUAUGGAGAGGAAUAUAUGGCAGGGAUAUAUAUCAAAUAAAAUUGUAGAAUUUCAGCACUAAAUUUUAUUUAAUAAAAGUUUCUAUGGU